UUGAGAGGGAAAAUGUGCAGAAGAGGACAUUCACUCGCUGGAUAAAUCUGCAUCUAGAAAAGUGCAACCCACCUCUAGAAGUUAAAGAUUUAUUCGUUGAUAUACAAGAUGGCAAGAUCUUAAUGGCUUUGUUAGAAGUCCUAUCUGGGCGAAAUCUGCUGCACGAAUACAAAUCCUCAUCGCAUCGUAUUUUUCGGCUGAACAACAUAGCAAAAGCACUUAAGUUUCUGGAAGAUAGCAACGUAAAACUGGUUAGCAUCGACGCAGCGGAAAUAGCAGAUGGCAACCCCUCUCUGGUUCUCGGGCUGAUAUGGAACAUAAUCCUCUUCUUCCAGAUUAAGGAGCUCACGGGCAACCUCAGCAGAAACUCUCCAUCUUCCAGCCUGUCACCCGGCUCAGGGGGCACAGACUCAGACUCCUCCUUCCCACCCACCCCCACCGCGGAGAGGAGCGUGGCCAUCUCGGUGAAGGACCAGAGGAAGGCCAUCAAGACCCUGCUGACAUGGGUGCAGAGGAAGACGAGGAAGUACGGCGUGGCGGUGCAGGACUUUGCGGGCAGCUGGAGAAGUGGGCUGGCAUUCCUCGCUGUGAUCAAGGCCAUCGACCCCAGCCUGGUGGACAUGAAGCAGGCCCUGGAAGACUCCAUGCGAGAAAAUCUAGAGAAGGCUUUCAGCAUCGCACAGGAUGCCUUGCACAUCCCCAGGCUCCUGGAGCCCGAAGACAUCAUGGUUGACACGCCAGACGAACAGUCUAUUGUGACUUACGUGGCACAGUUUCUAGAGCGUUUUCCGGAGGUGGAAGCCGAAGAUUUUGUGGAUUUGGAUAAAGAAAUCCCUAUUGAAUCCACCUUUGUCCACAUCAAAGAAACCCCUUCUGAACAGGAGAGCAAAAUCCUCCUUCUGACUGAGAACGGGGAACGUGCCUACACCAUUAACCACGAAAGCAGCCACCCGCCGCCCUCCAAAGUCUUCGUCUGUGACAAGCCCGACAAGCCUGAGAGUGGAAAGGGAUUCUCCCUGGGUGGCGUCUCCAGCCGUGCACUGUCAGACAGCUCCACUGAGUUCAUGCACCAGAUCAUCGAUCAGGUCCUCCAAGCGACCCCAGGUAAGACCAGCGGCGUCAGUGACCCCUCUCCAGAAUCAUCCAUUUUGUCAUCCAGAAAGGACAACCGGAGGACCAACUCUUUGCCAAUCAAGAAAACCGUCCACUUCGAGGCUGACAUCUACAAAGAUGCUUCCUGCAGCAGGGGCCCUUUCCACAGCCACGACGUGGGCUUUGAAGGGAGCCCGGGAACGGCCAAGGGGCCGUUGACCCAGGAUGGACACGUCUUAGCAGCAGAGGUUGAAGAAAAGACGCAGAAACAGGAAGCCUCGACUAUCCGGGAAGCAGCCUCUGAUGGGGUCCCCAGUGACGUUUCUUGGGCAGAUCCUCAGUCUUCCCAGGGUUCUUCCUGCUGUAACGGUGCCGGCCACGGCAGAGAGAGUCCUGCCCUCCUACCCCUGGCAGAAAACACUGUCAUGGCCGACUCCUUGGAGUUCCAGGUACAACUGCUGACCGCAGAAGCUAUGGACGAAGAUGACUUUGAAGGCGUGCCCCUGAAGGCCUCCAAGUUCAACAGUGACCUUGUGGAUUUUGCUUCCACCAGCCAAGCUUUCCACGAGGUUCCGUCACCUCCCGAGGACAAACCUGCCGAGGGUGAGGUUUCGGAGCACUGUGCUGAAAAGCUGGGGAAAAGGAGAGUUAAAUCGGCCCACAAGAAGAAAGACUCGUCCGAGCCCCGUGAUCAGGCUGACCCACAGGAACCCCAGGAGGGCUCCCCACAAGAAGCUCAAGGCUAUGCUGGGGCCCCUGCAGACGGAAAGCCAGAGGUGUAUGAAAAGGCCAAGAGGAAGUCCAGCCACCGUCCUGGCGAGGAGGAGGGGGCCGCGGAAGGCCUCCAGGGGCUCGGUGGAGAGUUGCCUUCCAACCCCCCGAGCAGCAGUGUCAGCCUGGAGACCCUUGGGUGUCACAGCGAAGAAGCCCUGGAUUUCAAGCCGUCCCCCCCGCUCUCGAAGAUCUCCGUCAUUCCUCACGACCUGUUCUACUACCCGCAUUAUGAGGUGCCCCUGGCCGCUGUUCUGGAGGCGUACGCAGAAGGCACAGAGGAGCUGAAGAACAAAGACGUGGACCUCCAGGAGCCAGAGGGUUAUUCGCAUGACCUCGACUCCCAGGAGGAGCAGGCCGGUGGCUCCCAGAGCAGCAGCAGUUUCUCGGUGCCCGGUGGUGAGGUCCCAUGGCCCAGUGCCAGAGACCAGGAGUCGGAUCUCGGCAGGGACACGGAGCCGGCCAUUCCUGCCUCAGAACCCACUGCCUCACCCCCCGAGGAGGACCAACACCAAAGGGAGGCUGGAGAGAGUGACCCAGGGGAGGGCCAGAAGUCCCAGGAAUCUCCCAACUUGGAAACCGUAGCAAACCCUUUAGAAGAAAAAGUAACGGGAGGCUCAGUCAGCAGUAAGAAAAAGGAGAAGAGGAAACACGUGGACCACGCGGAAAGUUCAUUGUUUGUAGCGCCUGGGACAGUUCACUCCUCAGACGACCUCGAAGACAACGCCGGUGACCACCAAGUCCCUUCCAGGCCUAGUCACAGCGACUCCAGCAUUUAUAUUCGACGACGUUCUAAUAGGUCUUUGGAAUCGGACCAUUUUAGCUAUAUUCAGUUGAAGACUGCAGCAGAUCUGGAUGACAGAAGAAACCGAACGUCAACCAGGUACAAUACUCAGAAGCUCACUGAGCUGAUUUUGCAGUUUCAUGGCGUCAGAGCAGACAUGACGCGGGGAUGCAAACUUGCCAGGAAGUCUAUGAAAGCCAGCAACUCUGGAGAGGCCGGGCUGCCGGGGCCCUGUGGUCUCCAGAGCGACUCUCUGACCCAGCUGGUGCAGCAGCCGGACAUGAUGUACUUCAUCAUCUUCCUCUGGCUCCUGGUCUACUGCCUGCUGCUCUUCCCUCAGCUCGACAUCACCAGGCUCUGACGCAUGUCUGGAUAAUAAAGAGACGGGACCCUGAGCGGGGCGGGGCCCUUCUCACUGCCUUUUACUCGGGUUCUAGGCACUGAGGACCACUGCGGAAACUUAGCCCCCCUCUUGUUGUUCCCACUCGUUCAGUGUAUGUUUCCUCUGUCUUCUGCAAGACCCAGCAUGCAUUUCUCCUUGGCUGCGUGCUCGAAACUCAGGUGAGCAGCGGGGUUUGGUGUGCACGUGCGUGCCCGUGGGGCCAUAAGCGUCGUUACUGAUAUUUAGCCAAAACCUCUUCUCCCAGCAGGGUCUUUAGGUCCUGGAUGAACUUGAGUUACUUACCUCUCAGUCGAGGGCCCCCUGAUGAGAAAGAAGGUGGGCUCCCCAGGCUGAGCCACAUCCCCUCCAAGGCCAGGUGCUUGGAAAGGGACUGGGCUCUGGCCCCUGUCAAACCGGCGACUGCUGUGUUCUCCGAGCAGCCGGCUUGGGCGAGCCCCUCCCACAGUGAAUGGCCACACCCAGGGGAGAAGCUGAAGGCUGGCGGGAGCCAGGGUAUACUCUUUGUCAUUCUAGUUCUCGUUUGGGAUGGGGGCAGGUAUGAUGUGUUUCCAAUUCAUUUUUUCACUGAUGGAAUCAAGGUAGAGCUAGGACUUCUAAAGCUUUUCCACCUGAGUGGGGCCAGUCUAGACCAUCCAUUAGAAACAGCUCUGGCUGACGUCAGCAGCACAAGACCCCCUUCCACCCUGCCUUGGCCACCCCCUGGCUUCAGUGACUGCUCUGAGUCCUCUGUGCCAGUCCUUGAGGUACUGUCGGAAGCCCUGACCACAGGCAGAAGUGAUUGGACCCAGAAUAAGCUCCUGCCAAUGCCAGGGCUGGAAGGGGCCCUGCACAUUCCUGCCCGAGAAAGCUUUGUGCACACCUGCCUGCCACAGGAGCGGCUCUUGGCUCGGGCAUCCUCUGUGGUCAGUUGUAAUGGGUUUCUUGCCAAGGCUUUCUCGAAAGCUUCUUUGGAGUAGACCAGACCAAGACAUUCCCCUACGCUUCUAUCCUCCUCGGCCUUGGGCUCCCUCCCCUCUUUCCUGCAAGACUCAUGUCAGUGGAGAGUGUGUAUUGACUCCUCCAAGUCCUCCCCCUCAAAUAGCGUCUACUGUCAACUAUGAGGAGGGAGCCUCAGCAUCUUGUCUGGCUGAGCCCAGAGAAGUAGAGUGGGUUGACCAAAGUCACACAGCCAACCAGGAAUAGACACGCAGUGAGCACACCGGCUACCUGGUGCCCAGUCCGGGUUUGCCGUCACUUCUAGGAAACUUCCACUGGUCACACGAAUGUGUCAAAAAGGGUGAAAAGACCAGAUAAAAAUGUCCUCAUUCAAAGAAAACGUUUAGGCCAACCGGUAAGCAUCGUUUCAUUCUUGCAUUUUUCCCGUGAGGAAGCAUUUAUUCACAUCAAGCUCAUCUCUUCUUCCUUCUGGAAUACCUUGGACAGCCGUAACAGCUUGUCGUUUGACAGCCUAGCGUUAUUCUGACUCCAGGAAUCAUGUUUCUUUCUUAGCGAGCCAAGGAUUUGCUUAUUUCGAGCAGUGGGUUUCAAGUUCACAGAAUUCCAGCACGGCCAAAAGAAUUUACAUAGCACUUUUGAGUAGAUGACAGCUCAAAUCUGGCCUCUAAACCAUUCUGAUUAUAGUCUGCCUCUGCUCCCCCAAAGACGCUCAGCCUUCCAAGUCCAAAGCUGCUGGGAGCUUGGCGUGAUUCCAUCUGAGAGGCCAAGAGCCCCAUGGAAAAUGAACUAAUUAAUGAGCUCCUUGGCAUCAUUGAAAGCUCAGAGGUACAGACAAUAAAGAUAAUAUGUGUGAUAUUUUAUGACCCUGGACACCAUGCAGUCCUUGCCUAAAUUAGAUGCUUGAAGAGCCAGAGAAGAGCUGACCCAAA